AAUUCCCAGAAAUACCUCCCCUCCCCAACUUAUCUACGGUUGGUACCCUUCAAGAAUACCCUUUCUUCCCUUCACGUUUCGGCUACCUCAUUUCGAACCUAGCCUCGCCGAUACAGAAACCUGACGCACCGGAGAAAAUGGUAUCAGACUCGGAGCUAGUCGGCCGGCUUCGGGAGUUUCUAAGUACGUCGGACCUGGACACGACGACCUCCGCAAUCGUGCGGCGGCGACUGGAGGAGGAUUUUGGGAUCGACUUGUCGGACAAGAAGGCGUUUAUUCGAGAGCAAAUUGAUCUUUACCUUCAGAGCCAGCUCGAGAAGGCCGAGGAGAACGAAGAAGACGGCGAUGCACUGGACGGCGGCGAAGGAAACGAGGAAGAGGAGGACGAAGAAGUAGAAGAGGAGGAAGAAGAAGAAUCGCAAGAAGGCGGCGAUGGUAAGGGUACUUCUAAAAGUGGGUCUGCAAAAGAGAAUAAAGAAGUCAAGAAAAGGGGAGGUGGAUUUUGCAAAUUAUGCAGUCUUUCUCCAGAGCUUCAGAAAUUUGUUGGUGUACCUGAAUUAGCCCGAACUGAGGUCGUCAAACAAUUGUGGAGCUAUAUCCGUGAAAAGAAUUUGCAAGAUCCUAGUAACAGGCGAAAUAUAGUUUGCGAUGACACAUUGCGUUCCCUUUUUGGUGUUGAUAGAAUAAACAUGUUCCAGAUGAACAAGGCCUUAUCGAAGCAUAUCUGGCCAUUGGGUACAGAUGAUGCAGUUUCAGUUAAACCUACUCAGAGAGAGAAGCAACGGAAACAAGAAAGAGAAGAAGCUUCAGAUGAACCAAAAAGAAAGGAGAAACGGCAGAAGGGAGGGAACUCGGGCUUUCUUGCUCCUCUUCCACUUUCAGAUUCUCUAGUCAAGUUCCUUGGAACAGGAGAAAGUGCAUUACCUCGAUCUGAUGUCGUGAAGAGAAUCUGGGAGUACAUAAAACAGAACAAUCUCCAGGAUCCAUCUGAUAAGAGGAGAAUAUUAUGCGAUGAGAAGCUGAGAGAACUCUUUGAUGUUGACUCCUUCCAUGGAUUCACUGUUUCGAAACUCCUGACGACUCAUUUCAUAAAGACAGAGAAGUGAGUUGCUAAUGGCAUUGUUCUUGUUCAAGCCCAGAGAUUUGGGGAUUUUGCUUGUGAGUUUAGUUUAGACCCCAACUGUAAUCUGUUUUGUUCUUUUUUCCUUUUUUUUCAUCAUCAAUGAUGUAUCUCCCUUACGGACCAAUGAGGGGCAAAUAGAAAACCUUUGGUUUUGAGGGGUUGGGGGGGUUGCGGAAAGAAAGUUAACCUGUGAACAAAAGCUAACUGUUACCUAAGUCUUUACAUAGUACAAUUUGUUAUGUUUCUUCUAUAGAAGCUGAUAAAUUAUGAAGAAGUGCACUUCAGUUUUGUUUA